UUGGCUAAGCGUCGCCUCACGAGCCGGGUGUACGGUGGACUUGCCAUCCUCCAAGACGCAUGGUCAAUAUCACAACGCUGGCGCGCUGCAAAGACAGACAGACAGACGCUAGCAAAGGCCCAACCAUGCAAGCCCAGCAGCUCCUGAAUCAGCUGCGCUUCCCCGAGCUGGAUGAGGUGCGGCAGUACCUGCGCAGUCUGUCCACACACACGUUGGUGGGUGUGGGGGCAUUUGCUGCUCUCACAACCUACUGGUACACCACCCGGCCCAAGGCCCUGAAGCCACCAUGCGACCUGAAAAUGCAGUCCGUCGAGGUUCCGGGAGGAGAGUAUGCCCGCCGGUCAGCGCUGAUGGACAGCGACAAAUACAUGACCCACCUGUACAACGACGCCAAGACCAUGUAUGAGUUCUUCCUCCGGGGCGCACGGGUCUCCAACAAUGGUCCCUGUCUUGGAGCAAGACAACCAAGCCAGUCCUAUGAGUGGCUGUCAUACUCCGAGGUAGCAGAGAAGGCAGAGAACCUGGGCUCAGCGCUGCUCCACAGGGGACACACUAAAACCAAAGACCAGUUCAUUGGCAUCUUCGCUCAGAACCGACCAGAGUGGACCAUCGCUGAGCUGGCCUGCUAUACCUUCUCCCUGGUGGCUGUGCCCCUGUAUGACACUCUGGGCACUGAGGCCAUCGCCUAUGUCAUCGACAAGGCCAACAUUUCCAGCAUACUGUGUGACGUUCCUGAGAAGGCCAGGCUGGUCCUGGAGUGCGUCUCUGGCAUGGAGCACCGUGUCAGAACCAUCAUCCUCAUGGAGCCCUUUGAUGAUGAGCUGGUGGCCAAGGGGAAGGACUGUGGCAUCGACAUUCUCAGCCUGAGCCAAGUGGAGGCUAUCGGCAAGGCCCACCACCACCAACCAGUUCCUCCCAGUCCUGAAGACAUGGCUGUUGUCUGCUUCACCAGUGGAACCACAGGGAACCCAAAGGGAGCCAUGCUGACACAUGGGAAUGUUGCUUCCAACUGCUCUGCCUUCAUCAAAGUCAUUGAGGAUCACCUCAUAUUAGACCACCACGAUGUUCAUAUAUCCUACCUGCCCCUUGCUCAUAUGUUCGAGAGAGUUGUAGAGGGAGUCAUUCUGGUGCAUGGGGGGAGGAUUGGUUUCUUCCAGGGAGACAUCCGCCUGCUGAUGGAUGACCUCACCACCUUGAGGCCUACAGUGUUUCCUGUGGUGCCACGCCUCCUCAACAGGAUGUUCGACAAGAUCUAUGGGCAGGCUAACACCUCUCUGAAGAGGUGGGUGCUGGACUUUGCCUUUAAAAGGAAAGAGGCUGAGCUGCUGAGUGGCAUCAUUAGGAGGGACAGCAUCUGGGACAAACUCAUCUUUAGGAAAGUGCAGGCCAGUCUGGGAGGACGGGUGCGUCUGAUGAUAACAGGUGCUGCCCCCGUGUCUGCCACGGUGCUGACGUUCCUGCGAGCCGCGCUGGGCUGCCAAUUGUAUGAGGGGUAUGGACAGACUGAAUGCACAGCGGGCUGCACAAUGACAGUACCAGGGGAUUGGACAGCAGGUCAUGUUGGAGCGCCCUUGCCAUGUAACUCGGUGAAGCUGGUGGAUGUGGCUGAGAUGAACUACCUUGCUGCCAAUGGAGAGGGAGAGGUGUGUGUGAAAGGAGCUAACGUGUUUCUGGGCUACUUGAAGGACCCAGAGAAGACGGAGGAGACCAUUGAUGCUAAUGGCUGGGUCCACACAGGGGACAUUGGCAAGUGGUUACCGAACGGCACUUUGAGAAUUGUGGACAGGAAGAAGCACAUCUUCAAGCUGGCCCAGGGAGAGUACAUUGCACCAGAGAAGAUAGAGAAUAUCUACACCAGGAGUGACGCAGUGGCCCAGGUCUUUGUGCAUGGGGACAGCCUACAGGCAUGCCUAGUAGCCAUCAUUGUGCCAGAUCCUGACUUCCUUCCUGGCUGGGCCAAGAAGAGAGGACUGGAGGGAUCCUACGGAGACCUAUGCAACAACAUGGAUGUAAAGAAGGCCAUCUUGGAAGACAUCUUGAAACUAGGAAAAGACAGUGGUCUGAAAUCUUUUGAGCAGGUGAAGGACAUCACCCUGUUCACAGAGAUGUUCUCUAUCCAAAAUGGACUUCUCACUCCCACCCUGAAAGCCAAGAGAGCAGAACUCCGGAACUACUUCAGGGAGCAGAUCGACAAACUGUACUCCAAGAUCAAGAUGUGAACAGUGGGAGGACGGAAGGUAGGGUGUAACCAGAGCUGGUAGAAGAGGUCUUCUAUGAAACUGAUUGAGGACAUGUCUGUGAGGCCUGGUCUAUGGAUACACUUUACCCUGUAUGACCAGUUGCUCUCUGUCUGAAUAGGAACAAAACACAAUAGGAUCAUUAGGGAAGAAUAAACUGUUCUUGAUGUCACCCUCAACUGUCAGUAAAUGAUACCACAUAGCAUCAGUACUGUAAAUAAUACCAUAUACUGGUAUAUAGCAACUGUCAGUAAAUGAUACCAUACCUCAUUAGUCUUCUCGUGUACAGAACAAACGACACACCUGGCUCUCAUUUUUCAGGGCUUCCUUUUCCAAAGCUUGUCUAUCUAUCUUGCUACUAGUUGAGUAUUGUGAGCACGUCAGUCAUCUUAGUUGUCAAUUGGUGAUGUUCAAUAGGUCAAGUGAAUGAGGUACCAGUAAACCACCACGGUCCAGUGCCAUCAUGUAUAUUACUAAUCAAAUCACGUUUUACAUGCGUCAAAUACAACAGGUGUAGGUAGAUCUUACUGUGAAAUGCUUACUUAAGAGCCCUUAACCAAUGAUGCCAAGUUUUUUUUUUUAAGUAUGAAAACUUUGCUAAAUAAACUAAAGGAAAAAUAGUAAUACAAUAGAAAUAACAAUAACAAGGCUAUAUACAAGGUCAAGAGUCAAUGUGCAUGGGUACAGGGUUAGUCGAGGUAAUUAAGGUAAUCGGUACGUUUAGGUAGGGGUAAAGUGCCUAUGCAUAGAUAAUAAACAGAAUAGCAGCAGCGCUUGUGUGCAUGUGGCGUCUCUGUGUGUGUAUGUAUGUAUGUUUGUGUGUGUGUGUGGUUCGAGUCUAGUGAGUGUACAUGGAGCCUGUGCAAGAGAGUCAGUGCAAAAAAUAGUAAUAAAUAAGGGGGUCAAUGCAUAUCGUCCGGGUAGUCAUUUGAUUUAACUCUUUAGCAGUCUUAUGGCUUGGGGUUAGGAGCUGUUAAGGAGUCUUCAGGUCCUAGACUUGGCGCUCCAGUACUGCUUGCCGUGCGGUAGCAGAGAUAGGUCUAUGACUUGGGUGGCUGGAGUCUUUGGUCAUUUUUAGGGCCUUAGAGAUAUAUAACUUCUGCAAACAUACAAUGUAUUCCAACUAAGACUUUUGGAUGUUAUCAUAGGCUUUAAGGGAUGGUGAAACCGUGUAAAGGGGAAAUAUAUCUUAGGAUACAUGCCUACCUGUAGAAAAUCUACCACUCUAUAGGGCUGGGUAACCCCAAUAGGUGUCCCGACAAGUUUUCUGAGCAAACAAAUACACAUUUCCACAAUUUUAUUUUUGGGAGUGGGGUGGGGGGCAGAAUCAUCUCCAAAGUGAUUUUAAUUUAGAAAAGCUGUUUCAAAGUAUUACCAUGAAUAAAUAUGUGGUCAUAUUCCAAUGUAAUCAAGGGUUGAAAUUAUUGUUUUUGUCUGUUUCGGAUUCUUCCAGUCAAUUUGCAUUUUACAAAUUAUUUGUAAUUAUGUUCUGGCACCCCAACCAUCCGCUCAAGAAACAAAUUGGCAUGUGGAUGAAUGUAAUUAGAGACCCCUGCUAUAGGGUAAUGAUUUGUAUUGCAUAAUAAAUCAUUUCAGGAAUGUUUUUUUCAGGUUAAGAUGUAUCAAUACAUGAAUGUGUGUUAUCCUAAGGAGUGUUUUUUUUAUGGACUCCUGCAACUAUUGCAGAAUGAAGCAUCAGCAUCAAAUGAAGUAGUGGUUUGUGCUGAGUUCUCAGGCAUCUCCUCCUUUUGUACUGCAACUCUCAGGGCUACAUGUUCUCACUUUCCAGAACACCCUCCAACACAAACACCUAAACACUAAAGCCUAAAUGUGAUUUUUUUUCUUUCUUAGAUAUAUAUAGAUAUUUAUCUAUAUAGGGGAUGUGUUUUUGUUUGCAUAGUUCUUCAGGGGUUCAAUGAUGUGAAAGCUUGAGAUCGAGAACCAUGAUUGUAAAAAUGUUCAAUGUAAUCUUGGGAAGGACUAUAGCAUCUUAUUCAUUUCGUUCAACACCAUUACUUUAGAUGCAUUUGAAUUUAGACUUUCUACAGACAAUCUUUGUAAGGUAUACAAUAUGUGUAAAUUAUUUGUGUGGGGAAAAAGUCAUUCAAAUGAAUUAUUUUAUUGAAUUGUUUAGCUCUUUUUAUUACGUUGUGGUGUUAUUUGAUUCAUGUGCACAACCUGUUUCACAUGUGUCAUCAGAUGGUAUGUGAUUUACAGUUUUCAAUCAAUUUGGCACAUUUCUUAGAUGUAAGUGGUCUAUUUUCAAAACUCAAACUGAUAACACUUGUAAUGCCCCUAUCUUAUGUUCAGAACCUUUGAUUUUGCAUUCAUUGGGGUUUCACACAUCUUUCACCACUGACUCAUUUAUGCUAAAUCAAAGUUUUCCAUUAAAUAGUAUGAGCACAUUUAGUUUAGUCCCCAAUACAUCAGAUAAUGUUAUACUCACAAUUGAAUUAUUUUAACUACCAUUUAAUCAAAUGGCAAAAAAUACAAGAUACACAUUUCUAGUUUUAACCAGUUAUCAAACUAUAUAUGUGAAUUACACAUUUUUGGUUCAGUAGUUUGUGAUUGUUAACGAAAGACAAAAAAAUCAUAUCAAAAGUAAAGUGAAUAUUGCAUUUUGAAAGCAGAUGGAUAGAUUGAAUAUGUAUCUGAAUUGAGUGAUUUGGUGCAGUGAACUUGUGAUUGUGGUUAUGUUUAUUCUACUCAGUCAGUUGAAAGUGUUCUUAGAGUUUUCAAAAUGUACCACAUACUUGUGAAAAUUGAGUGAUAAAAAACAGUGUAGCUAAUAUGAAAUAUUGCAUAGUUUAAACUUGGUGUUGAUGUAUUAUUUCGACUACUAUGUUGUCUUGGAUUUGUUUGUUUUGUAAAAAAUAAAUAUAGAUUUUCAGGGGGAAAACUGUUCCCAAUUAA